GACCUCAUGUCGCUAAACAGGAAAUUAACAAACAUGGAGGUGGAUUUCGGCGACAGUGAGCUGUUCGAGCAGUUUGAAGCAGGUACUCCUGUCGCAAAACACAUCAGGUUUACCGAUGAUGAAGAAGCUUCGGAUCUCCGGGAGAGGAUAGAGGAGUGUGAGGAGACUAUCACUCGGCUGAAAACGGAGAAUGAGGAACUGAAGAGAAAGUUAAAUUUUCUAAGUCGUCCUACAGGUAUCAGCAUUGUCAAUUCAAAAGUUGAUGGUCCUCUCUGCCAGAUUCUCUUUGGAAAUAACAGCAUCUCAAAACAGUGCCGGCAAGACAUUGAAGACCACGUCUUCAGUUUGAUUGAGCAACACCAGUAUCAGCAGAAUAAUGGCCAACAAGCUUCUGCUUUACACGCUCAACCACAGAACUCGAGUUUUGUCAUGGAGGAAAGCCAGGGAACAAAUGCUGCUUCAACUGGAAAACACAUUCGAGAUGCUUUUUGUGUGGUCGGGAGCGUGUUGUACUUCACCACCUUCUGCCUGGAUAAACUCGGUCAGCCCCUUCUAAAUGAAAAUCCCCAGCUGACAGAAGGAUGGGACGUUCCAAAGUAUCAGCAAGUGUUUGCCCAGGUCAUUGCUUUGGAAGGGCAGGAAGUGCAGAUCAAGGAGAAGAGGCCUAAACCAUGCUGCUUUAACUGCGGUGCCGACAACCACCAACUACGAGACUGUCCAAAGCCCAAAGACAUGGCACGAAUCAACGCGAAGCGAAAAGAGUUUGCGCAAGUCAACCAAGGAAACAUUCAGAGUAACCAGCGGUACCAUGCAGAGGAGGUGGAGGAGCGCUUCUCUAAGUUCAAGCCAGGAGUAGUGAGUAAGGAGCUCUUGGAUGCUCUCGGCAUUGUUGCUAACACACUUCCUCCAUUUAUUUAUCGCAUGAGAGAGCUGGGCUACCCGCCUGGCUGGUUAAAGGAAGCGGAGACGGAAAACUCGGGCUUGAUGCUGUAUGACGGUAAAACAUCAGAAGAGGAAGACUCAAACAGCCUGAAACAAAACGUAUCCUAUGAUGUCUCAAAGCUAGUGGAUUUCCCUGGUUUUAAUGUGUCUGCACCUUCCAGUGUUAGAGAUGAUUACCGGUCAUUUGGUUCCAUCCCAAUGCAACCUCAUCACUGGAAGCCGACAUUUGCUGCUCAGUUGUCAAAUAUGUAUCCAGCGCCUGAUUCCAAAUGUCUGAAAAGGUGCCACGAGUCUGAAUUAACACCACAGCAGACCAAGAAACAGCGGUCGAAUUCGGAUGUCUGUGGAAGCUCAGAUAUGGACACAGACUCGGAUCAUGGCACUCCCAGCCGAGACGAUUUCCAGUUUCAGCCUCCACUUCCUCCUGACUCUCCACUCAUUAGCACACCUCCACCCUUACCCCUGGGUACGCCUCCAAUCACGCCCACCCCACCACCUCUCCCUAAAGGAACGCCUCCUCCAACACCGCCCACAAACACAGGUUCUCCAGUUCUAUCAGGUAGAAGCGGAGCGGGGUGUGAGGAGUCAGAGGACGGGCUGACGUUAGAGGAGCUGGAGGAGCAGCAGCGGCUACUGUGGGCAGCGCUUGAAAGCGCUGAUAACGGCAACAGUGAUUCUGAGGCUGGAGCCGUGGGCACACCUGACGUGGGCUCGCCCCGUGUGUCUCCAUUAGCAGAGCCUGAUGCUGAGUUAGCAUGUGGAGUGGAAGAAUCUGGGUCAAAGGCAUUGGAGUUCUCUGACCAGGACCAUGAAUUUUCAAGCAUACCUGCUUCACCCGUUGAAGCACCAGUAAGUAGUGCUGAGGAAGACAAAAGCAGCAGUGGUCAGGUCAACGACGCUUUUAAUGAAGACACAGGUGCAGAGUCUUUUGAUGAGCUAAUUGUUCUGGAUGAGGUUACUCAGGGUAACAAUUCUGACCCUGAAAAGAACAGAAUAAGUGAAGUUCCUGAAGAAAACAGCACACUUGUGUCAGAUUCACAAGCAGUGGAAGAUGAUGAACCUGUUGUAAAGAAAAUAACAGGCGUUCCACACCGAAGCAAGUUCGCAGAAGGUAUUAUUCCUUUUGAAGACACGCCGGAGUUCACGGAAGUCGCUGAGGCAACAGGAGUUUACCUAAAAAUUCGAGACUUGCUCAAAGAAUCCCCUCGAAAUCAGGCAAAAAACAAGAAGCUAACUUCUUGAGUUCUAGAUUGUCUAUACUGUAUGUAUGAAUAGGGAAUACCUUCUUUGAACGGAACGCCGCCUUUUUUUUUCUUUCUUUCUUUGUUCCGGCAUGAUCCGAUGGGGUAAUUUUGAACUACAUCUAUCGAGUUUGAUGUCAAAGUCUUUCCCAUCCUUGUUUUGCAAUUUUUAUACAAAAUACCAAUUCUUUUUCCCCCACUUCACUGAAGUUGACCUCAGUAACAAAGGUCAAGUAAUUUGCUCAUGCUUUUAUAAUUCCACUGAAGACAACUUUUGUAAGCAAUGGUUUAGACUUAUGUUUUAUGUAUGUACAGUUUUAUAAACAAUUUCUCCGUUUUUGUCCUCUUAGACCCAAGUUUCUAAUAUUUCUGGUGAUAAUUCACUUACAAAGCUAUAAAGUCAUCCAGUUUUUUUUCCCCUGCCACAGAGUUUCUUUAAAAGUGGCCAUUGCUGGAAUAUGUUUGCCAUUUAUUUUUAACACUAAAUUAUUUUUAAGGCUACAUUUUUUUUUUUAUGGGAUCUAUCCUAAACUAGUUUUAUUCAUAAAUGUUUUAUGGCCAAGGUCCAUCUGUUUAAGGGAUCAUAAAAAUCAAACACGCACUUUUCUGACUUACAAUUAGCAACUUGGGUAGCUGUCUCUACUUCCGUAAAUUAAGGGACCCCACACAAAACAGCUCAUUUUUUAGGUUCACAUUAGUUAUUACACGGCUCAUUUGAAUACUCAAUGCUGAUCCGUCAGUUACAGCAUUCUGUGGUCUGUUAGUUAUUUGUAACAGAUCACUGUUAUGUAUAACAGACCGCUGCUAUGGACUACGUCAUUAGCAGAAGCAAUAAAAUAAUUUUUUAAAUCAAUAAAGUCAUUUUUAAAUCAGUAUUUUGUGUCAAAAUAUUGUUUUUUUAGAAAGUAGCCGUGUAAUAAGUGGAAUAAUGUAGAGCAACCCAGCCAUUUUUGCAAACUAAACCCCUUCAGGGUGACUGAAGACAUCUCUGCAUUGCGUAGGGGUCCUGCAUCACCCCGGCAGAGCUUUGUUUGCUAUAAUGACUGGGUUGCUGUAUGUUAUCCCUUACUUAAGAUAGAAGACUGCAGUAAACCAGCCUGAUGGUGCAGUGGGUAGUGUUGUUGCCUCACAGUUCUAUGGUCCCGGGUUUGAUAUACCAUCUCUGUGGAGCUUCACAUAUUCGUACUGUGUCAAUGUGGGGUUUUCCAGUUUCCUCCCAAACAUCAUCUGGUCAGUGAAUGGGCUACUCUAAAUUACUCUUGUAUCUGAAUGUGUGUACGUCUGUCUAUGUAUGUGUGUGUGCGCGCGCACGUGCAAUGGACUGAUAUACCACCAAGGGUGUAUUCCUGCCGUAUUCCUGCCAUACUCCCAAUCUUGAAGAUGAAUGAAUAAAAAUACAGUAGCUUUAAUGAAA